GAAAGUUUACCUAGGCUCUAGCCGUUUAGUGACGUUACCCUCUUUCUCUCACACUCACAAUAUACUCCCAUUUGACCCGAGAGACGACUUGCUCUCAAACCACCAUAACCAUGGCUCCCAAGAACCGCGUCAUCAUCGAUUCCGAUCCCGGUAUCGACGAUGUUCUGGCCAUGCUCCUGGCCCUCUCGGCCUCUCCCGAGGAGCUCGAGGUCAUGAUGAUUUCAGUCACAUACGGCAACGUGCCGCUGCAGAGCUGUUUACGCAACGUUGUUGCUCUCUUCCACGUCCUGGAGAAGGAGAUUGCAUGGCGCAGGGAGAACGGCAAGCCCGAGGGUUUUGAAGCGCUGAAGGCUUACAAGCCCAUCGUAGCCGUUGGCGCCGAGCACCCCUUGGAAGACGACGAACUGGCCGCCGACUACUUCCACGGACUCGACGGCCUCCAUGGCGUCCACGACGAGCACCCCCACCUGACACCAGAUGAGAGGUGGAAGUCGCUCCUCCACACGGAGAAGAACCUCGACCACGACCCGUCGCCUUUCUCCGAGUACUUCACCCCAGCCAAGCAGGUCGCGCACAAGGAGAUCCUCCGCAUCCUCAAGGAGAACCCCCCCAACACCAUCUCCAUCUGCGUCGUCGGCCCGAUGACCAACGUCGCGCUCGCCGCAGCCGAGGACCCCGAAACUUUCCUCCGUGUCAAGGAGCUCUGCGUCAUGGGCGGCGCCGUCCACGUCCCUGGCAACAUCACCCCCGCCGGCGAGUUCAACACCUUUGCCGACACCGUGGCGGCCGCCAGGGUAUUCGCCCUGACUUCCCCGACGCCCCGUUCGACGAUGCCGCCCAUCUCGGACAAGCAGUCCACCCUCCCCCCCUACCCGGCCAGGCUGUCAAAAAGGCUCAAGCUGACGCUGUUCCCCCUCGACAUCACCACGCCCCACCUUCUCAACAAGAAUUACUUUACGGAGCGCGUCGAGCCUAUCUUGAAGGCCGGAAGCCCCCUCGGCCAAUGGGUCAACCACUUCAUGUCCAAGACGUUUGAGAAGAUCGAAUCCAUGAGGGGCGACGGCGAGGAGCCCGGCCUCUCUCUGCACGACCCCCUGACCGUCUGGUACCUGCUGACCCAGUCCGACCCCAAGUGGAAGCCCGUUGCGGAGCCGGAAGAUAUCCGUGUCGAGACGUCCGGCCAAUGGACGCGCGGCAUGUGCGUCAUCGACCGCAGAACCCGUGCCAAGUACACCGAGGCAGCCCUCGAGACCAACGAGGCCAACGAUGGCGUCGACGUCCUGACGCUGGCCGAGGUCCCUGGCGACACUGGCGGCUGGCUCAGCACCGGCAGGGGCAACAGGAUCAACAGGAUGGUCGAGUCCCCCGGCGAGGAGCUGUUUGCGCAGGAUCUCAUGAAGAGGAUCUUUGGUUAAGACGGGAACGAGUAGCCCGUGGGUGACAUGGUGCGUGCGGCUUUCGUUCGCUCGUGUCAGCGCAACAGCGUUGAGGGACUGGUGGCAGAUUCCGAAUAGAGGAAAGGCAGGCGCAUACCCCGUAGGAACCCAAUAUCAUUCUCUACCAACCCAAACAUAUUUAACGCCGUUGUUUUGUGUGUGUGUGUGUGUGUGUGUGUGUGCCUGUGCUCUUGCGUGCACGCGUGCCUCGCGGCGGCAAAAGCUCACGUCUUCCCAAC